AUGAGCCAGCAACGCGUUUAUGGUGUCACAGGCCCAAUUUCUACGAGCGGUCCUACGGCGGCGGAGAACCAGCUGAAUGACGCUUUGAUACAAGAACUCAAAAAACAAAAGUCGUUCGAAUCUGAAGAAGACACCAAGAAGCGAGUAGAGGUUUUGAAAACUCUGCAGGAACUUACGGAGGCAUUCAUAUAUGAGGUUUCCAAAAAGCGCAACAUGUCUGAUGGAAUGGCGAAAGACGCAGGCGGCAAAAUCUUCACUUUUGGCUCCUACAGAUUGGGUGUUCACGGACCUGGAAGUGAUAUUGAUACGCUAAUUGUAAUGCCCAAACACGUCACUCGGGAAGACUUUUUUACGGUGUUCGACCAAAUGUUGAGGAAAAGGCCUGAACUGGACGAAAUUGCGCCUGUCCCAGAAGCCUUUGUUCCCAUCAUCAAAGUCGUAUUUAGCGGCAUCUCCAUUGAUUUGAUAUGUGCACAUUUGGAUAUCGCACAAGUUCCUGCAAAUCUCACCCUGUCGGAUAAAAAUCUGCUUAGAAAUUUGGACGAAAAAGAUCUUAGAGCCCUGAACGGAACAAGAGUGACUGAUGAGAUUCUUCAGUUGGUGCCAAAACCAACCGCUUUCAAAAUUGCGCUUCGUGCAAUCAAGCUCUGGGCACAAAGAAGGGCAGUGUACGCCAAUGUGUUUGGUUUUCCCGGUGGUGUGGCCUGGGCGAUGCUUGUUGCAAGAAUAUGUCAGUUGUACCCCAAUGCAUGCAGCGCUGUGAUUCUGGCUCGUUUUUUUCAUAUUCUAACAAAAUGGAACUGGCCGCAGCCAGUCUUACUUAAGCCCAUCGAGGACGGCCCUCUGCAAGUACGCGUGUGGAAUCCAAGAAUAUACGCACAAGAUAGGUCUCAUAGAAUGCCUGUUAUCACCCCCGCUUACCCGUCAAUGUGUGCGACCCACAAUAUCAGUGACUCCACAAAGAAGGUAAUUCUAGCUGAACUUGAAAGAGGAGCUGAGGUUACCAAUGAAAUUUUUACGAACAAGAAAACGUGGACGGACCUCUUCAAGAAGCAUGAUUUUUUUUACCGCUACAAAUUUUACCUUACCGUGAUGGUAUCUACCACAGGGUCGAGUGAACAGCACUUAAAAUGGAGCGGCCUGGUUGAAAGUAAGCUGCGUCUGCUGGUUCAAAAGCUAGAAGUUCUAAGCGGAAUAAAUUUAGCGCAUCCUUUUACCAAGCCAUUUGAGGCAUCCUAUAUUUAUGACACAGAAGCUCAGUGCAAAGACAUUAUCGAUAAUUACGGCACUUUCAAGACGCAAAACGUUUUAGAGCAAUACACCGAAGUUAAUGACCAAAACAAAGACAGUGAUGUUAUCAAAGACAAGAAGCAAGUUCAUAUCACAACCAUGUACAUUGGACUCGACGUUUCUGCAGAUGCGAAAAACCAAGUUGACAUACACGUUCCAUGCUCUGACUUCUUCAAUUUAUGUCGCUCAUUUAGUGAGUUUGACGACACAGACAUUUUCUCGCUGAUGAUAAAGUAUGUCAAAUUACAUGACUUGCCCAAUAACGUUUACGACAAAGACGAAGAGAGGCCGGUGAAGCAUAGUAAAAGGAAAAAGCAGGAUAGAGAAGGUAAGAAACUCAAGCGGCCAAAGUCCAGCUCUCAGAAAGCAGAUGAAGCUAACGCCACGCCUAAUGAACCCCACACCGAAAAUCGUCUGAAAGAUCAAGACACCUCUCAGGCACCAAGCUCUCAGGUAAACCAGGCUUCCGCGCUCACUGCCACUACAUCGGGUGCCAGCUGA